AUAGUUUUCGAUGGAAAUUAAAUGGAAAGAAAAUCGCUCGGAUUCAAGGACAAGGAAAUGAUAAACGAUUACCGAAGAAAAUUGUCGUUGAGGGCACGAGACGACGACGACAUCCGGAACUGAUAAACUUACCGAGUCGAUUAGAUAAAAAUAUGGCCGCUUGCCAUUCGACACCUGCGGUGCAACGCCUGCAGUUGCAGGACUCAACUCGGAUCGGUUACGGUGCAAUCAACAACAUAAGUGCUUCGAAUCAAAAGACUCUUCAGCAAUCGACCUACCCGCCUCUACUCAAUUGGUUCUACCUGGCCAUUACUGAACAAAACCCGUCGCAACCACCUGAUCAGAGCAAGUUACUUCCUGCGAUCUGGAGCAAUUUUCCCGGUACGACGUCGCAGACUUAUCCACAUCAAAACGCGUUGAAUCCGUCCGGAUCCGUCAGACCCAUGAGAGAUAGCGGGACGGAAAGUAUCGCCGAUUUAGCGGUACACUUUAACGAGUUAGCAGUAGGCGACCGGAAAUCGGCGAAGAAACCGCCGUCAACGUACCUGUGUCAUUUGUGCUUCAAAAAAGGACACUACAUCAAGGAUUGUCCGCAGGCACGACCGAAGGGCGAGGGUCUGACACCGUAUCAGGGUAAGAAGCGGUGCUUUGGUGAAUACAAAUGUCCCAAGUGCAAGCGCAAAUGGAUGUCGGGCAACAGCUGGGCCAAUAUGGGCCAGGAAUGUAUCAAGUGUCACAUAAACGUGUAUCCUCACAAACAGAGGCCGUUGGAAAAACCCGAUGGUUUAGACGUGUCCGACCAGAGCAAGGUACAUCCUCAACAUCUCUGCGAGAAAUGUAAGACGUUGGGCUAUUAUUGCAGACGAAGCGCUAUAAUAACUUAACGAAUUCCGUCCAAUUCAUCUCGCUGAUCCAAUUAAUUGCAAGAAAGGGAGGGUUUAAUGAUGAACUAAUGAAAGACAGUUCGAUACACUUGAACGCAUCAAUACGCAUCGAUGUGAAUCUUAUAGAUAGAGCGUCCAUUUCUGUUCGCGAGAUUAAA